ACAAAGGAAGCCAGUUUAACGGAACCUCAAGGGCUUACUUUCUCACGCAGUAUUUUCUUAAUUUUUGUAAAGUUGCUGGGUAUUUGCCGUAUCUGUAGGGGGACGCAGUACAGAAUGAGGUCGGGCGAAUGAAUGGACUUGUUCAGUGAGCCGGCCGCUCUCACUUGAGGGGAUAAUUCAGACUGAGGAACGCUGCGCUGUGUGUUUACUCGCAGCGAGCUAAGGCUAAGGAGCUAGCUGUAGACACAUAGCGUUUCCGCAGGCAACCCCUCAGUCCGCACGGCUGCGGCCCCUGGGCCCUGGCCCCGCUGUGUUGGAGUCGAGGGCAACUGUUAGGCACUCAGUCUGUAGAAACGUGCUCCGAUAGUGACAGUGUCGGUUACAGCUCACCCGGCGGUCACGACGUUAGUGACUGGAGUGAUCAUCACUGAUGCUGUUGGGUUUUUAUCCAUUGAUCUCUGCCAGUCCGAUUCUCGAUUAAAUUAUGUAGCUAACUAGCUUGUUUAGACUUGACUUCAUUAUUAUAGACGGACUCCUGCAAAGCCUUUUAUCGAAAUUACAUUUUACAGCGGUUAACCGUCAAGAUGGAUAAAAAGUCGUUUGACAUUGUACUGGAUGAAAUAAGAAAGUGUGUCCUCACAGACCAGAGGAUAAAGGCCAUAGAACUUGUCCAUGGCUAUUUCUCCAGUGAACAGGUGACAGAAAUGCUUAGGUACUUCUCAUAUGCAGAGCCUCAGAUCAAGGCUGUGAAAGCUAUGCAGCAUAAAAUGGUUGCCAUGCCAACAACGAAAGUAGUGAACAUCCUGAAUUGUUUCACAUUUUCAAAGGAUAAACUCACUGUUCUGGAGUUGAUAGCUCUGAAUAUCUCUGAUGCACAAAACUACCGACCCGUUGAAGACCUUUUCCGCAUUCACCUGUCGGAAAAGAAGCGCUGUCGUCGGAUUUUAGAACAAGUGUGCAAAGUGGGUUGCAAGGCUCCAGUGGCUAUGAUCUCAUCCUGUGGAAUGAUCCCAGGCAAUCCUUACCCGAAGGGUAAGCCCAGUCAAUUGACUGGAACCUUCCCUGGAAUACCGCCCAAGAGAGAUGGGGAAGAGACGAACAGUGAGGGAAAGGGCAUUGCAGUGCGAAUCCUCGGGCCUUCCAAACCAUCUCCAUCUUCGUACAAUCCACACAGGCCCGUGCCAUAUCCUAUUCCACCUUGUCGACCCCAUGUCACCAUCCCACAAAGUAUGUACAACAGUGCAGGGCCGAUGUCUGUCAGAGUGGUCAUCACUGCCCCUGUGCCACCCCCUCCGUACAGUGCCACACCAAACUCAGCAGCUUUCACUCGGCCAGCCAGUCAACAGAACAGCAGUGCUGGUGUUGGUGGCGCACCAAACCAGUCACCACACGGUUCCAACCCGCCGACACCGUCCACUCCCCACCCCCCCAACUCUUCAUCGGGCCAAGCUCCACCUACUACCCCUAUCACUCCUGUCUUUCCAGACAUGGUUCCGUCUCAAAACAUAGCUGCCCUUUCCCCUGCUUCCUCUGUCAUUAAAGGCCCACCGCUGGCCUCGGUCUCCACCCAAUCCACUCCAACCCCCAGCGGUCACUCCACCCCUGUUCAACAGUCAUUUUCGGGGGUACCUCCUUGUGUCACCCCUACCCCUUCAGUCAUAAAGUCCCACACCCCAUCUGGCACCCCCUGUGGAACACCAGUCUCCAGUGGUGGUUACUCUCCAUCUCCCUUUCCGGGUCCAUCUCGCUCAGGCACUCCCUCAGGCAAUCCCACUCCAGCCCUGACCCCUACCCCAAGGGGUGGAACUGACCCAUCACCAUCCCCAGUGGGUUCAGCAGGAUUACCCUUCAAGGGCUACCCAUCAGCUGAGGCCCAAUCAGGCUCCCCAUUCCCCAGUCCCCACCCACCUCAGUCAGUCAUACGCAGCUACACCCCAUCAGCAACACCAACGCUGACCCCAGGCCGUUCCACUCCUGGGCUGCCAGCCUUUGCUGGACUGUCUGCUGGGUCAGCUUCAGCUACUCCCAGCCCGAAACCUUCAACUGUGGUCACCCAGGCUGCUGCAGCCAACCAAGGAGCCUACUACACCGAACAACAACUGAGUGCCCUUUCCCGACAUGGUAGUGGCGGCAGUAGUGGCAGCAACAGCCCUGUUCCCUCUGCUUUCAAGGGACCUUCCCGCUCUGGGACACCCUCCCUCAGCUCCCUGGUCAUGCCCAACUCUGCUGCCCUGGUGCGUUCCAUGAACCUCAGCCACUCUGCAGGCUCCCCACAGGCCUCCCUGCCGAGUCCAGCUGCUAUGGCUGGUCUCCAGGGUCUGUCAGCUGCCCUGGGCUCACAGCCUGGGGGCAGCCCUGCCCCGCACUCCCUGGCAGUGCCUGCUUUUCCUGGCCUUGCCCCCUUUCCCUCCCUGUCCUCAUCUUCUCCAUUCCCAAGUGUCCCAUCUUCCUCUACACCUGUCACAGCCACUUCUGCCCCCCCGGUCUCAGCACCUACUCCAACCUCCGUCUAUGCAGGCCUCCCUCACUCGACAGCCCCCACCCCAUCUCCCUUCAGCCUGGGGCUCACCACUUCUCCAUCCAUAUUUCCUGGCCUGGCCUCAGGGCACGGUCCUAGCUUUCCUGGGUUUGGUAACUCUGCACCUCCAGCUGCUGGCAGCCCUGUUCUUUCCACCUUUAUGGGGCUCCCUGGGGCUGCUUCAUCUGUUGCCACUGUUGCACCUCUGCCAGCAGCACCUGUAGCCGGGGUCCCAUCCUCUGCCUCCGUGUUACCUGGCUUUGCCUCUGCAUUCAGUUCCAACUUCAACCCUGCACUUGUGGCCCCAGCUGGGUUGACUGCUGGCCUCCAGGCUCCAGGGGGCACUGCCUUCCCAGGGUUACUUUCUUUCCCUACUGUUCCCGGCUUCUCACCCAGUGCAUCUCCAGCUGCCCUUUCUGGACUUCACAAUCCUGCUGUACAAUCGGCAUUGCUACAGGCUCACUCAGCCUCAGCCCUGGAGAGCUACCCUCCCCAGCCUAAUGGCUUCACCAACUACCCUCCGACUCCGGGCACACCAUUCGCCCUGCAGCCAGGACUCCACCCCCAGUUGGGGUGGCAGUGACAGCAGUCCUAAGAAGGUGUGGCCACUCAUGUAAAACGGUGGGGAUACGGUGAAGUACAGGGUGGAACUUUUUUUGCCCAUAUGCCGCAGUCCCGUUGAAGCAGCCUCAAGGAACAGGAAGACAGUCUGGGGAUUGUGUAAAAUGGCAGCUGACCCCAAGUUCUUUUCCUCAUGGCAGCGGAUUAAUACUGUUGGACUUACAGUUGAACACAGACAGGAAUGCUUAGUUCAUUCAAUUUAAAUCCUGAUUCCCUUAGUAUUUACACUUUAAGAAACAUGAGAAACAAUAUUAUAAUUAUGUGAACAAAGCUAACAAGCAUUUAAAGGAGGUGGUGGUUUUGGGGGGAAAUAUCUGAAAUGUGAUGCCAUACAGUACCGUGCAUGCAUAUAUGCAGUUCCUGUAUGUACAGACAAAAAGCUGACAAGUCUUAAUAUGUCAGCAUAAUAUUGCAAAUGUGAGUAGGCAAUACUUGAGAAAUGCUUCAAGACAAUACUAUAUUUUAGUACUUUCAAACUUCCAAUAGAAGUAGUUUUCCCAGAAAAAUGUAAAUGUUUUUAUUUGAUCCACCGCUAAUUGAUUACAUAGAUUUCCAUCUUGCUAAAAACAUUGUUUUCCUUUAAACAUUUUGUCUUCAGGGAGGGUUUUUAAUAUUUUGCAUAGGUUUUGCAUGACUUUUUUUUUUUUUUCACAAAACCGAAUUCCUAUUUGUUUAAAUCUGUAAUCAUUGUACAAACCCUUAUUUGCUGGAAUCAUCCAACAGUUAUAUAAGGUGUAUAUGUGGAGAACAUGAAAGGUCAACGCCUGUUUAAAAACAGUAUUCCUAAAUAUACUUGUUCAUCGGGGACGCUGGAUGAAAACCACCUUAACCUCACUGAGGAUCAGGUUUUUUAUUUUAUUUUAUUUUAAAUCUUUUAUCAUGGUUUCAACAUUCGUAGGCUUUUUACUGAUUGACCAUUGGCCGUUUUCCCUUUUUACUAGUUUUUUACUGCAAGUUGAAAACAAACGGGUGUACAAAUAUAUUGACGGUUUACAAUUGAGGUUUUAAAUGGAUUUGUAGCACUUGACUUGUCUACAUUGAAAGCACAUUAUUAUCAAAUAUUACAGUAAGAUGUAUUUAAUUCACUCUUCCUCGGACAAAUAAAGUUUUA